UUCAAGCGUCCUCCGGUUAACGAUUCUCAUCAAUUUCUGCUUAUUUUCUUAGAAUUUUUAAAGGUUUUUUUUAAAAAAUGGCCUCGCUUGAAUCAGGUUUAGUUUCGCAAAUAUAUGAUAGACCAAAUUCAUCGUAUAUCUGCAAUUGUAAAAAAUAUAUUAUAAAUGAUCUUACUUUUGAAAGGCAAUACGCUCCAUAUUAUGAAGCAAGACUUAAAACUGCUUCUGUCUUGUUGCAGCGUGAAAUAAGUAAAAAAUGGGGUCAAGAAAUAUCUGUUAAAAAACUCUGUGAUGUUACAGGAAGUGAGAGAUGUAUUGUCAUAGGAACUAUAUUUAAACAUAUGGAACUGCAUCCAAGUAUAUUAAAAGAAAUAUGUGAAGAGUAUAAUUUAAUUCCACAACCAAUAACUGAAGAAUACACCAAUGAAGAUGAUUUUUUAAUGUUAGAAGAUGAUCUUCAACGAGUUGUUUUGUGUGGAAAUAUUGAUCCCCAAACUCAUGUCACUGGAAUUAAUAUUGCUGUGUUGGGAUAUACUGAAGAGAAUGGAAAAUUUUUUGUUGAAGAUUAUUGCUAUUCAUGUGUUGAUGAACCUGAUAUUUUACCUAGUCUCUCCACGGACAAAUAUGUCCUGCUUAUAUCUGGUUUGGGUUUGGGAACUGAAGGCAGUGUCUUAUUUCCUCUUCAACUCCUAAUUGAUAUGAUUACUGGCCAAGCUGGUGAAUGUCAAAGCCAGUACAAAUUCUCUCAACUUGUUCGAGUGGUUAUUGCUGGCAAUAGUUUUAGUAAAGAGGGCAAAGAUCCACUGCAGUCAAAAUUUCUUACAAGGAAGAGUAGAUCAAUUAUUUCUGAUAGUACUCAUUUGCUGGAUAGCUUACUGUCACAAUUAGUGGCAUCUGUUGCUGUAGAUAUCAUGCCAGGCGAGUUUGAUCCAGCUAAUCAUUUGUUACCUCAACAGCCCCUUCAUCCUUGUAUGUUUCCCAAAUCAUCUAAAUAUUCUACUUUUAAUGUGGUCACUAAUCCUUAUGAUGCUACCAUUGAUGGAGUCAGGUUUUUAGGAACAUCUGGUCAAAAUGUGAAAAAUAUUAGUGCCUACAGUAAAAUUACAAAUCCUCUAGAUGUGUUGCAAAAAACAUUAGAUUGGGCUCAUCUAGCACCGAUUGCUCCAGAUUCUCUAAAUUCUUAUCCAUAUAAGGAUGAAGACCCUUUUAUUAUCUCACAAUAUCCUCAUGUAUAUUUUUGUGGUAAUGCUUCAAAGAUGGAAUACAAAUUUUAUAGAAAUAACUCUGUGUUGAUGGUUGCCAUUCCUGAAUUCCAGAAAACAUUCAGUGCUUUGAUGCUGAAUUUAAGGACAUUAGAAGUUCAACCAAUUGCUAUUUGUAAAGAAGUUUUAUAGUAGAAAUGCAGUUUAUAAGAUUUAAAUUCUCUAAAAAUAAAUAAAAAAAGUAUGUACUUUUUAAAAAUUCAGAUAAACUUAUUUUAGGACCACUUCUAUGUUAACAUUUGUUAAAUUAGCUUUCCUUAGAUGAUAUUUAUUUCAAUGUUUAAAACAUGAUUGUAUUUUUUAACAUUUCUGCAUUCAUACUGUGUGGCAAGUUUAAAAAUGUAUGCACAGAAUGCACCCAAUUAUCCAGACAUCAGCAGAGUAGUUCUUCAGUGUCUAUCAUUUAUGAGUGAAAUUAAAUAUUCAUUCAUUUUUGAAUUCUUAAACGCUUUAUGACCUUACAAAUGUGUUUCCAUUUCAUGAAAUAAAAUAUCAUAUUUUUACCAAUUACCUUUAAAAAAUGACAAUAUGAAAUUGAAUUAAGAUUCUUUUCCACUAAAUGAUUUCCAUUUGUUUACUAUUUCUCAAGUUUACAAAAUGUGAAUUGCUAUUCUUUUAUAUAUAUAUAUAUAUAUGAAUUUCUAAUCUUAAACUUUUGAUUUUCUUAAACUAGAAAGAAACACUUUUCAAAAAUAAUGAUAUGGAUGAAAAAGAGCAGACAUUAUUCAUUAUCUUUGUUUUCGACUAAAUUAUUUUGUUGAAAUGCAUUUGUAGUAUGUAUUUAUUGUUAUUAUUAUAAAUGUUUCUUUGUCAAUUAUUUUAGAGUGAGAGACUAUUCAAUAAAAUAUUUUGCCUACAUUGUGGUAACUUUGAAGCAUUUUUGAAUGAUAAAUAAAAAUUCAUUAAUAUAUUACAGAAAUAAUUAUUAUAUAGCUUUUUGGCAUUUAAGUUUUUAAUAUUUGGUAAUAUUUUUUUUUAUUUUCUAUCAUUAUAAUUUUCAUUUAUUUUUGUAUUUAGUUAUUUUUAGAAUUUUGUAAUAAUAUAGACAUCAAUAACAUAGCUCUCAAAACAACUGUCAAUGAGGACUCUUGUUUCUGAAUUACAUUAAUUGCCACUUAAUAGUGAAGUAGGAAUAUCGGUUAAUUGACUGAAAAAUGAUACGUGUAUUCACCACGAUAAUCUAAGAAAAAGAAAUUUUUUUAAAAUGCAAAAAGUGUGCCUUGCAGAUUUUAUUUUAUUAGUACAUUUACAAUAAUAAUUUUUUGUAAAUAUUAAUACAUUUCUUUCCUUUCUCAAACUCCAAUCUCCCUAGUAAUAUUUUGAAAAUUGUUCUCUCCAAACUAAAGUAUAGCAUAAAAUACAAAUACAAAGUACUAUUUUGAGGAUAAUUCAGAGUUUCCAAAAUGACACAUUUCGGCAGAUUUCAGCACUUUUGGGUUCAAAUUUUAUAAUGCUUGAAAUUAAUUAAUUUUCUGUUAUGGAAUAAUUUUACAGUGUUUUUAAUAUCUCAAAUACUUUUUCAAUAAGUUUAUUCAUUUUAUGGAUGAAUUAAUCAUACUUAUUUCACAUUUAAUGUUUAUGUUUGGCAUAAUUCAUUAUUUAAUGAAGUUCAGCUUUGUAUGUUUCAAACCUGUGUUAUGUAUGAACUUUUAUUGAUGGCUCAUCUUCAUGUCUUUUCUGUUAGUAAAUAUUAUAAUUCUAGGGCUGUUUGUGCUCCGGGGAAACCCCGGAAUUCCGGGGAUUUUGAACUUUGAUACCCGGAAAUUCCGGGGAUCGUCGUUCAAAAGGAAGUAGGAAUAAUAAUGAAUUAUUUAUUUUGAUCUGGGUAAUUUUGUUUGCUUUGAAAGCAGAAAACGCAAGGUCAGUGUGUGUGGUGAAAACUUUUCCUUUCUUUCUCCAAAGGCAGUGAUAAUGCGUGAAAAGGGGGAAAAAACUUCUUUUUUGUUCUUUCCUUAUUGCGAGUUAUGACUCAUUCCCAAGGGUCUCGGACAUUCUCUUCUGGAUUCUUUUCGGCAAGUAGGCGCGGCAGAAAAAAAAGGGAAGGACUUCGUUCGACCAGAUGUGCGAUCACGUGACCUGGGUUCAAAGGUCUUAAUUUUGCAAAAAAAGUAAUUCAUUGAACUUUUAUAAUGAGGUCAUUCAAUACUUCAUAAUUGUAAUUUUUCAUUUCUCCCCCCCCCCUUCUCGAAACUCCAAAAUGUAGGUAGUAAGUCCGUAAAAGUUUCAGGGGAUUUUUUGGGGUCCCACAAACACCCCUGUAAUUCUGAACAAUGUAUAGGUUAGAAACAAAAUCAAUGUAAUAAUAUUGCCAACAAUAGUGAAAAAUUCUUAUAAUUCUUAUGAAUAAACUUAUUCAUAAAGUAAAUGUGGAGGUGAAAUUCUGAAAUAUUUUUUCCCUCGUAAUUUAAUCUAAACUACCUUACAACUAGUUUUGUAAUUAUAGCUGUUGAGAUGAAAUGUUUACCCGAAUUAUUAUCUGCUUUCACUAACAGUUGUUUUAAAACAACUUAAAUGCAUUUUGGAAUAUUUCAUGUUGUAUUAUUUAAUGUAUAUUAUUUUAUGCUAUGCUGCAACUUCUUUCUUUAAGUUUGUGUGUGAAAAUUUACUUAAUGUUAAAUUUUAAUGAAAUGUUUCAAAUGUAUAUAAAUAUAAAUUUAUGCUAUAUUCACAUGAAUUUUAGUAGCUAUAUUAAUAGUACAUA